AGUUUUAACUGAAACGAAUACCCAUACAAUUGCAAAAACGUAUAUAAAGUGUUCGCAAUUACUGCAGUAUAAAGUCUGAUCGGUAGACGUCGGACAGAUUGUUCCAGUUUUCGUAAAAUGCACUGUAGUGGUGCUUAGUGCGAGAAAAUGUUGCGUUUGACGAUAGCGUUGCUUGCGAUGGCCGCGGUGGCAAAUACUGGGAACGAGCCAGCGCCGGCAGCCCAGCAGAUAGUCGCGUUCAAACAGAGAACAUCGGGGCCCAUCGGUAUUAUGACAACGAGUGCUGGAUCGCCGAUCGAACUCAAAGAUGCGAGUAGCACAUUGAACUCAAAUCUCAUAUUCAAUGAAUAUUUUAUGGAUUCAUUAACUCAUAUAGUACGAGAGAGGAUUCCUGAGAGGUUGGUGCAUGCAAAAGCGGGUGGAGCAUUCGGUUAUUUUGAGGUUACGCAUGAUAUUACGAAUAUUUGUAAAGCCAAAUUAUUUACUAAAAUAGGAAAGAAAACCCCAGUGGCAGCAAGAUUUUCUCCAGCGGUAGUCGAAAGAGGAGGUACUGACACUUCAAGAGAUGCGCGCGGAUUUGCUAUUAAAUUUUACACUGAAGACGGUAAUUUUGAUAUCGUGGGAUUUAAUACGCCCAUGUACUCGUACAAAGAUCCACUGCUUUUUUCAGCAUUUGUGCGAGCUCAAAAACGAAAUCCAGCUACUAAUUUAUUAGACGGUAAUACGCUAUGGGACUUUUUGACGUUGCACCCGGAGAGCUUGCAUAUAUUUUUACUCGUAUUUGGGGAUAGAGGCAUACCAGAUGGUUACAGACAUAUGCCAGGGUUUGGCAUUCACACUUAUCAAGUUGUGAAUGAGAGUGGAGAGAAGCACUUUGUUAGAUUUCAUUUUAUUCCUGACGCUGGCAUAAAAAAUCUAAACUCUAAACGAGCACAGAAAAUAUCCGGUAUCGAUCCAGAUUACGCCACCAGAGAUUUGUAUAAUGCGAUAGGAAAGGGUAAAUUUCCGAGCUGGUCUGUCAGUAUCCAGAUAUUGACAUUAGACGAUGUCAAAAAUGCAAAAUUCGAUGUUUUUGACGUGACAAAAGUAUUACCCCAAGAUGAAUUUCCCCUAAAGCCACUCGGUCGUUUGGUUUUGAACAAAAAUCCGACGAACUAUUUCGCAGAAAUAGAACAGUUGGCGUAUAGCCCAGCAAAUCUUGUGCCGGGCAUUUUGGGAGGACCGGACAAAGUUUUCGAAGCUAGACGCUUAGCGUAUAGAGACGCUCAAUAUUACCGGCUAGGUGCUAACUUUAAUAAAAUACCGGUAAAUUGUCCGAUUCAAAAUCACGUACUUGCUUACAAUCGCGAUGGUCGACCUCCCGUUAAGGAUAACGGUAAAGAUACCCCCAAUUAUUAUCCUAACACGUUCCAUGGACCGGUGCCUUACAAAGACGAGAAUAGGGUUGACCUUGUCGAGAUAUACCAAGAUGAUCCUAACAACUUCGAUCAGGCUAGAGAGCUGUAUAUGAACGAAAUGACGAAAGGGGAACGAAGCAGACUAGUCGAAAAUAUUCUGUAUAGUCUUGGCGGUGUUAUCGAAGAAUUGCAGGAUAGGGCAGUGAAACUUUUCACAAUCAUACACCCAGAUCUUGGUUACAGAAUAUCUCAAGGUCUAAAAGUGAACCGAACGUCGUACUACAGGGAUGAUGAAUAGCUUAGUAAUAAUUAUAAUAGAUAAUUAUCAAGAUCAAAACACACGCGGUCAUGUAGACCUAAAUUUAUAGUUAGGAGUUAGAGACUUAUAAACAUACUUAUAUAUACCUUUAUAUCAUGCAUAUAUGUGUAUAAGUCGGCGCGUGUUUUUAUAAACCAUUAGUUCAUGACUAAUAAAGAUGGGACGACAAACAACACGUGCAAGCAUUCAUCGAAAACAACACGAAGAGUCGUAAACAACAUCGUCCCACCACGAUACCUUGCUAUAAAAACGCUCCGUUGUUGUUUCUCGAGCUCAGAAGCGAGCGAGUCGCCGUAUCAGACGGAACGCUCCUGCGUAAUGGACGCUCUGAGUUUCAUUUCACAUUUCUAGUUUUAUUGACUUUCGAAGACCGCCCGCUUACCAUGUCGCUACCCAAAAGUGGAAAUACUCCAACAUAUAUACAUAAUAGGUUGGGGAAAAAGGUUCAUCGCAUUUUUUAUGAAAAUUCACAACAUUUUUUAAUAUAAUUUAUUUACAUUUAAAACUAAAGUUUAAGUAGGUACCAUUUUGUUCGGUAACUUUUUGCCAUCUUGUAGGUAGGGACAUGAUCCCGUUGCUAUAGAAAUUUUGGGGCUUCUGAUCAAUACCGUGACAAUUGGUUUUGGAAGUCCUCUCGUGAUGUUAACCUGACACUGCCUAAAGAAUUCUGAAGAGACCGAAACAAGUGGAAAUCUGAAGGUGCAAGGUCAGGACUAUACGGCGGAUGCAUUAACACCUCCCAGCCAAGCUCUCUUAAUUUUUGCUGAGUGGCUAAAGAUGUGUGGGGUCUAGUGUUAUCAUGAUGAAAAACCAAACCCCUUCGUUGAUUAAUUCCGGCCGCUUUCUCUUGAGAGAACUUGAGUUCUUGCUUUAAUCUCAUCAGUUGUUCGCAGUAGAGUUCAGAAUCGAUGGUCCUGCCUGGCGGUUACAGCUCAUAAUGAAUAAUGCCCUUCCAAUCCCACCUCACACACAGCAUCACCUUGUUGCGAGCUAACCCUGGUUUCACCAUAGUCUGUGAAGCCUGACCGGCCUUUGACCAAGACCUUUUUCGCACAUUUUUGUGGUACGUGACUUUUUCAUCACUUUUCAUCACCAGUUAUCGGCUUCUUCAAAAAUGCUUUGGUUUCAUUACGUCGUAAUAAAGAAUCACAAACGAGUACACGGUUCAUUAGGUUUCUUUCAGUGAGCUCGUGCGGUACCCAAAUAUCGAGCUUUUUUGUGUUUUCCCCAGUUUCUUUCAAAUGCGCCAAAACUGUUUUGUGGUCAAUUCCCUACUUUUGUCGUAACGACUGAUAUGCCGAUCCUGCUCCACUAUUUCAAAAAUGGCAUCCAUUUUAUCCGUAAUAGGGUAACCAGAGCGACUUGCAUCUUUGACCUCAAAAUUUCCGGAUUGAAAACACUUAAACCAAAUUUGUGCUAAUCUCACAGACACUGCCUUAGGUCCAUAAACAUCGCAAAUUUUUUUCGCGGCUUGCUUUACCUUUUUUGUAGUAAAAUCAUAAAAAGCAUCGAAUUUCUUCAUUAGAUUCAUUUAUCUUGACAGUACGAAAAAUAAAUAAAAAUCACACAUUUUCCUAAUUUGAAUUUGGAAUUAUCUUUUUUAAAAUUUAAACUUUUAAUGAUACUAAAACCAGCCAGAUACAAAUAGUAUAGCGAAAGAGAUUUUAUUACAAGUUUAUACAUACUAUAAUACGAGAAGACUUUUUCCCCAACUAUUAUAUAUAAAUGUAUAAUGUAUAUAAAUAUAUGUAUGUAUAUAAAUAUAUGUAUGUAUAAUGUAUAUAAAUAUAUAAAUGUAUACAUGUCGAUAAUGAACAUAUACAGAUAUAGAGCGAAUUAAUAUUUUCGUCGAACGUUUACCCUAAGAGGAAAUCGAACGCACAACCCUAACAUAAAAUACUGGUUAAUUAAUAUUUUACCAAAAAAAAUGUUAAUUGUGGAGAGCACGCUGGCGCGUAGUUACAUUGGCGCGUUGCUCUGGAUUCGACGAGCAACGCGCCGCCCUCGUCGCGGUCACAGGAAAGGACCUCUCGCUGCCGCGCGUCGUGACUACGAUGCUUGGCAGCGACGCGUCCUGGAAGGCGAUGCUCGAUUUUUGCGAGUCCACCAUCUCGCAGAAGGAGGCGGCGGAGCGAGAGAGGGAGAGCUCUUCCCUCUCCGCACCGAUCCGUCGCCGUCGAGCUGGGGGCUGGAGGCGGAAAUACGCCCGUACGUCCCGGCCCCUGUAGGUAGCGGCCUCCCCUCGGUGAAGGUCAAGGGGCGACCUGAGGGGGUAGAGGCCGCGCGGUGCGCUACCAGCACUCUAGCGCGCUGCCGAGGAGUAAAUAGAGCGACCGGUUGGCGGUGUAUCGCGUUCCGAGCCGGCAGGCUGGUUCUGGUCCAGCGGGGUAUUCCGGGACACCAGCGGCACCGUCUGGGCGGCCUGACGGGCUGCCGUACCGAGACGGCCGACGUUUCAAAGCCUUCGAUUCGCCUCGAAGGCUCCGUCGGCUGGGCGUCCUUGGGUUGAGUCGCGCCGUCUGGUUGUAGUGUUGACCACGGUAACCCCCCUGCCUCAUCCGGGUUCUGGCCUCGGAGGGGAUCGGACGUCAGGUAGAAGAGUGCAGGGUAGUCGUUUAGUGGGUGGGCCCUAAAAUCCUUGGGCCCGCGGUCUGCUCACAACACUAUGCAGAUCGUUGUCUCACAUACUCCGCGCGCCCCUUAUGCGCGGGGACCUCGUAGGAGGUUCGGCCUCCGGCCCGAAAAAAAAUAAUCAAGAGCACGCUUCAACGUCAUAACGUUCAAUGUCUUUUUAGCAAUGCAGUUAACAAACCUUGAUUAAAAUCUGGGUGAGGAAGUUCUAAAUGAUCAAUAGCUAAAAUAUUUUUUGUAUACUUUAUGAAUAAAUAAUAAUAUAUGUUAAUAGUGUGGAA